AAUUUUUUGUAUUUUUAGUAGAGACAGGGUUUCACCAUGUUAGCUAGGAUGGUCUUGAUCUCCUGACCUCAUGAUCUGCCCGCCUCGGCCUCCCAAAGUGCUGGGAUUACAGGCGUGAGCCACCACACCCGGCCUUCAUUCAAGUCUUUAUUGAAUAUCUCCUAUGUUCUACACACUGUUCUAGGUGCUGGGGAUGCAACAGGGAACAAAAUAGGCAAAAUCCCUGUCUUUUUGGGGUUGACAUUCUAGUGACUCUUCAUAUAGUCUAGAAGAAGCUCAAUGAAUAGUGUCUGUGGUUGUUAUCGGGGGCACAACGACAGGAACAUUCUUGGGUAGAGUGAGGCUCACAGGAGAGAGGCCUGGGGAAGGAAGAGUCUCCAGGAUGGAGCAGAUGCUGGGCAGUCUUGGGGACCCCCUCCUGGCAUGCACCCCCUCAUCCCUCAGGCCACCCCCGUCCCUUUCAGGAGCACCCUGGGGAGCUGUCCAGAGCGCUGUGCCGCUGUCUGUGGCUGGAGGCAGAUGUUCUGGGUCCAGGUGCUCCUGGCUGGCCUUGUGGUUCCCCUCCUGCUUGGGGCCACCCUGACCUACACAUACCGCCACUGCUGGCCUCACAAGCCCAUGGUUACUGCAGAUGAAGCUGCGAUGGAGGCUCUGACCCCACCACCGGCCACCCAUCUGUCACCCGCCGACAAUGCCCACACCCUUCUAGUACCUCCUGACAGCAGUGAGAAGAUCCGCACCGUCCAGUUGGUGGGCAACAGCUGUACCCCUGGCUACCCCCAGACCCAGGAGGUGCUCUACCCGCAGGUGACAUGGUCCUGGGACCAGCUGCCCAACAGAGCUCUUGGCCCCGCUCCCGCGUCCACACUCUUGCCAGAGUCCCCAGUCGGCUCGCCAGCCAUGAUGCUGCAGCCGGGCCCGCAGCUCUACGACGUGAUGGACGCUGUGCCAGCGCGGCGCUGGAAGGAGUUCGUGCGCACGCUGGGGCUGCGCGAGGCGGAGAUCGAAGCCGUGGAGGUGGAGAUCGGCCGCUUCCGAGACCAGCAGUACGAGAUGCUCAAGCGCUGGCGCCAGCAGCAGCCCGCGGGCCUGGGCGCCGUCUACGCGGCCCUGGAGCGCAUGGGGCUGGACGGCUGCGCGGAGGACUUGCGCAGCCGCCUGCAGCGCGGCCCGUGAGACGGUGCCCACUCGCCACCUAGGCGCUCUGGUGGCCCUUGCAGAAGCCCUAAGUACAGUUACUUACGCGUGUAGACAUUUUAUGUCACUUAUUAAGCCGCUGGCACGGCCCUGCUAGCCGCACCAGCCGGCCCCACCCCUGCUCGCCCCUAUCGCGCCAGCCAAGGCGAAGAAGCACGAACGAAUGUCGGGAGGGGGUCAAGACAUUUCUCAGUUUCUCGGCCGGAGUUUGGCUGAGACCGUGGUAUUAAAUCUGUGAAAGAAAAAAAAAAAAAAAAAAAAAAAAA